AGGCAACAGUCCGCGACUAUGUGUGUGAGAGCUCUAGCCCUCCCAGCACUACCAUCGGAAUACCAUAUAUGGUCAAAAACGAAGCGCUACGCGUCGCUCGCCACGCUCUUGAUCGGACUCGAUCCGGAGAGGUCCUACUAUUUAAAAUCCCUCGGCUGUUCAAUAACCAUACCAUUUCAGUUUGUGUAAUCAUUCGGUCAGGACGUGCCCAGGUGCAAAAUAUAGAAAGACACGUAAACAACAAAACAUCGCCGAAGAUCGCCCAGGCACACCACACAAGCAAGCAACAACAUCCAGAUCAACAACAAAACAGUGCAGUGCAUCGCAAACAACAACAACAAAAAAACUGCAAAAAACUACGUGUGAUAAGAAAGACCCGAUUUUUGUCCGUGUCUUACAGUGUGAAACAAACGCAGUGCUUGCAUUAACCGAGUGCUGCAACUUAAGUUAACAAAUUUUACCAGUUUUUCGUGCUUAAAACCAAAUGUAAGUAUUGCCACAUUGUUUGAAGAGGUUCUAGCUGUUUUGCACUGAUUACGGGAACAGCUGGUUUGGAUAUGGUUUGUUUGUUACAAGAUAAGAGUGCCCCGCGUUGAACAGUGCCAGUAGAAGGUGGUCUUGUGUGCUAUUACAUUUUGCAAAUGGUUAGGAAGGUUUUUUUUUUAAAUGUCUCGUUUGGGACAUUCGUACGGACAAGCGAUAGACUUCAAUGCAAGUAGUGCAGUUGCUGUACUGUUAGUUAUCGCCGCAGCAAAACAUUUAAAGUGUGCAACGCUUAGUGAAGUAGCAGCCAUCAUCAUCAGCAAAAAAAAAAACAAGCGAAACUUUCUCGCUUUCUUGCGCUCUUCACGAUUCAAUCAAACCAACGCCAGCCGACACCCGAAACACCAGCCUAGCAAGGGGACAGCUUGAUUGAUAAAGACUGCUCCUGCCGGCAAGGUUUUGUGCAAGUAAAAAAAACAAACAAACAUCAAAACAGAAACAUUCCAUCUCCAACGGAGGAACUAUGCUGCGUGCGUGCAUGCUUUGUGCGAGAGCUCAGCCAAUUGGAUUGGACGUUUAGUGUACCCCUUUGAAAUAUAUGGGUCAAGUGCGUGUGUUGUUCCUACUGCAUCAGGCAAUCGCGAUCGGUAGUACCCAAAAAACACCAAGCCAGAUCGUCAAAAUUACACUUCCAGAGCCAAUCGCAUCGACCAUCAAUCAAACAAUAUUUAGAAACGUCGGGUUGUAAGCAUGGUUAUACCCCCAAAGUGCCAUCCAUAACCUGAACCGUUGAUGUGCAAUUAAAAUGAGAUAGCCAUUUUAUUGGCCAGCUGUAUAAGAUAUUGCUCUACUUUCCUUUAUCAUUCGUUCACCGUGUGAUGAUGUUGGCAGUCUUUUUUCUCUCUGUCUCUCCUUGUGAUCUUUUUCGCAGUGAUGGAGGAAAAAUCGCUCCUUAAAAAAGGGUACUUUAAAAAAUAAUAAUAAAUUUUGAAUUCAAACCUAACCGAUGUUUUGCGAUGGUUCGCCUAACAAGCCCACGCUCUGUUUUAUUUGAAAAGUAGAGCGUGCGCGGCCUCACUAACACUCCUCGAAGACGAAACGAACUGACCUAGGGUGCAAUCGACACACGAGGGCAGAAAUUUGUGCACCCACAUCCCAGCUACUACCCACAACUAAAUAUGGAAACUUCAACCCACCCGCCCUUCUCUUCCCGAAGGUCUGGGUUCGUUGCUUUUUUUAUUUCUCUCGCUCUCUUAAUGAUCUCCUUCACUAAACCAAUUUGAGAAAUCUUUCCGAAGCCUUUCCGGUUCGAUUCUUUAUCAGGUAAAUGGGAUGGUGGGAUGUACCACCGAUUCGGGAGGGGGGGGGGGGGGGAGCGCACGCCUUUCCUUAACUUUCUUCUCCCGGCUGAACGGUGAUCGACGAGGCGCAAAACACCGUACAAUAAAAGAAACGGCGAGCAAAGAAUAACAAAGCAUACGGGGUAGCUUUAUAAUUGUAGAAAAUGGUAACCGUGGUUCAAACGGGUCUGGUGAAAAUGGGGCUUCCACUGCCGAGAGCAGAAGAGAAAGGCAAAGCUUCAAUGCAUUUGUAGCUGAUAACGCUGAAAACGUGCCCUGCUCACGCACAGAUUUUACAGCGAGCGGGGCCUGUGUACCGCUAGGCGCAGUAUAGUUUUCUUCUUUCUUUCUUUCUUUUUUUUUCGGUCAGUGGAUGCAGUUUUAAUUUUUCCGAAUUACAGCUGCAUCCCGGGGCUCUUCACACAUGCCCGCAGCCAGACAGACCGCGCUAUCUUGCUAUUUAAUAGCUUCAUUUCAGCUCAGCAUAAAUGAGAAGCUUCAACCGUGACUGUGAAUGGAGUCGUUAAGUCCAAUUGAAUUUUCAUUCUCUGCUAAUGAUUCAAUCCAGUCUGUGUUUUUUUUAUAGUCUCAAAAAGUUUCUGAUGGAAGGAGGAUUUUAGCUGAAUUUCAUAAUUAAAUUAAAUUGAUUUUUUUUGGCACUUCAUUGCAAGUAGAAAGAAAGUAAGCAAUACACCUGGUUUUAGCAAGCAAUUAUCCCCCACCAGAUAAGCUUGUUCCAUCGGUCCAGCUUGGUUACCGAUUUUUUCGAUCAUAGUAGUCUGUGCGAAAAUUGUCAGCACAGCCUUUUCCCCCAUUACGUCAGCAUUUGCCGUUCUACCUUCUGUCAAGUGAGUUUGCUGGCUUCUAAUUGUGUGGCUAAAAUGUUUAGCAAGGGAAAAAUAACGAAGACCACCUACGAAACCAAGACCUGUGCAGAAAGCACGAAGAUCAUCAUUACAACAACCGUGGAAAUACCGUCCGGGUCAAACAAAAGAAGCUCCACCGAGACAUGUGCCGAUUUGCACGCCCAUCCGGACGACCCGAUCGAAGCGGCGUACAGUGAUGCGCUCAAGAAGAAAAAGUUCGAAAAAUCAUUCACGAACGACAUUUGGUACACUGCGUAUCAAAUAAGGCACGCGAAACAAAAGUCAGGUAGGUGCUGCGCUGCUGCGAUCCAUUGCGGGCAAUGUCACUCGCGCGUUAUCUAUCGGGCCAGUAAAUUCCUAAGGUGUGGUCAUCACCGUCCGCGACCCGGGGUGGGGUUGGGAGAUCUCGGGUUGAAACGUUUUCAAGUUCACAGGUUGGCGGAGGGCGAGGGCGAGGGGGUAAGACACUUUGCUUUGAGUUUUGCUCACGCGAGCGAUAAGGCGUGUAAGUGUGUGAAUCAUAGGCUGAUGAGGGCCGCCGCCACUGCCGCUGGAAACGGGCCGACCGAGCCGGGCCGUGAAAUCGGUAGCAGCAAAAAAAAGGGAGGGAGGGAGGGAGGGAAGCAAACACGCCUGUGUGGCAUUGAAGUUAGUAAAGCCGAGAAGAAGAAACAACAUACAACAAAACUAAAAAAAAAAAAGAGUUCACUGCUGCCCGGCUUCCUUAAUGCGGCCGGCGUUUUUCGGUUCGGCGAGCUUUUCGGUGCCCAAAGGGUGUGUGCGAGCAGCGCAAAAAGGGAGAAAAAAGAAAGGAAGAGCACGCGACUUCAGCUUCACGGAGAGCGUUCCACCGGCGGGGAAGGCGAAACGUUGAAGCGAGCGGGGAAGCCCUGCACCGGGUCCGGCAACGGUUUUGGACUGGCUGAAACCGACGCAUUUUUCAAAGAUUGCCAUAUAUGGUCAUGUUAACGCGAUUGGUCGACGAGGCUGUGAGAGCGUAGCGGCGUGAGCGAUGAACGCGCGUUCGGUUUGAAAGCCUUAAAGCUCUCUCCCUUUGGCUCUCACGGUUUGCCACCGUUCAAAUUCAACCGUACCGUUGGAAACCGUCCUAACGGCAAGCGAUUUGCUUUAGCAAGUACGGAAUGUACUGAUAUUUUUUGUUAUUAAAUGUACUUUGCUUUACAAAUAUCACAAUUAUUUAAUAGAUUUCAUCAGUGGUACAGUCCAUUAUAGUGCAGGGUGUUGCUUGUUCAUUAUUAAAACGGAAACUUGCGAGGAAUGGGCGACACGAGAGGGCACUAGAAGGAGAAACGUCCAACAGAGCAGGUUAGCAACGGUCCAACAAAUGUCGGUUCGCAAGAGAGCGCAAGCUUACACACACACACACACAUUCACACGUACAAUGAAGCGCUCGCGGUAUCUCUCUCUCUCUCACUUUGUCUCUCUUGCAUCGGUCGCGAGUGGUUGCGUCUGGCGAGCCAAAUACGAAAGCUCGUCGGAUCGCUGGAACAUUCUGUUUCCAGACGUCUACCAGUUCGGGUUAGCUGCAGUGACCAGUGCUCAGAGCUUCUCUGUUAAUUUCUUUGACUUUGUGAACGCGCACCAAAAAGCAAAAAAGGUAGUGUGUUUUAUAGGAACAAGUUUGUGUAGUUUAAGGGUUUAGAGGCUUUCUUUUGUUCGUUCAUUAGUGCCUGAGACUGUGAAGUCGUCUUUUUUCAGACAGUAGUAGCGUCUUUUUUUCAGUUCAGGUGGAAACGUUCAGGAUUUUUGCUGGUAGCGUUUUCGAUAUAGUAACUUGACGCCGCACAAUUGGCGUUGUGUAGGAACAGUGCACCAGUUCUACUCGAAGUGACGAAUAUUUCAAUUGAAUAGUGGCCAUUAAAAUUAGCAAAAUGCUCACACACACACACACACACACACACACACGCUUGGUGGUGGCGGCCGGCUUUUUCAGUGCCUGUGGAACCAAAACCUGAAACCCCACACACUCCUCUCGAAACACACACACACAAGCGUGGCUCAAUUGUCCAAUCGGCUGGAGGAAAUUCGACUUACUUGGCAGUAACGAGAUUCCGAAAUUCUUCAAUCAAACCCCUCAAUUUUAGAGAAAUCUGGAAAAGGUUAAGACAUUUAGCAAACGCCGGUUUUUCACCCCGGCAACACACCAGCGCCACCACCGCACCACGUCAACGGAGAUCUAGCUUUCUUUUUCUUCUUUUGCUGGGCGAAAAUGGCUGCGUGUGCUGCGCGCCGUCCUAAAAAGUAAAGAAAAAAAAAAAUGGUCGGACAUAUUGUGAAGAGAGUGUGCUCCGUUCGCUGUUUAGAGCUUGUGUAGUGUGUGUGUGUGUGUGCGUGUGCGUGCGCUUCGGCAGGUGUCUGCUCCUGCAGGGUGUGUGCGCGCACGAAAGAUAGUGUGUGUGUGUGCGCCCAUCAUGGCCGCCUCUUCCCAUUGCGGCGUGUGCUGAUUCAUCCCGAAUUCUAGGGCGUUGGCUUCUCCACGCUAGCAGCAAACGAGAGAUUUGAUGGUUUUGGAUUUUAUAGUAGCAGAGGAAAUGAAUAUUAAUAAUUUUGGCUUGCAAUGACGCGUCUUCUGACGUGUGCCUUCCCCAUUAAAGCUCUCAAGGUUUUGUAGUUUUUUUUUUUGUAUUGGGAUUUUUCGUUAUUUCUAUUUUUAUUGGAAAUCGAAAGACUUCAACGAGAGGGUACGAUAUCAUCAAUAGCGAGUAGCAUUUUCUUUUUGAAUACGUGUUUCAAGCUGCUUAAGUGAAUAACUACUAACACGUUUUAACGGUUUUUUUUUUUAAUUAUGAAGAAAUAUUUAGGGAAGAUGGUCACGAUGCGCGAUCUCUCGGGCACAAUGAAACAUCUAGAAUUUUUUUUUUCAGUUCUAUAGCGGGACCUACGUUGCUUUCAUAUGAAACAUGAAAUUUCUGUCACAUUUUUUUACUAUUGAUUAUUCAAGCAAGACCGGUUCAGAUGGUUUUACCAAGCCAAUUCGUUAGCUAUUGACAGGUGUCGGUUCUUACCGCAUUGGCUCAAUAAAUUUUCAUUUCUUUUUAUCAACUAGAAACUAUAAUUAUAAUCUCUACUUUUAAGCAAGCAAUACGGCCUUUUCGGAUCGUUGCUCCUGAAUAAAAAAAAAUAUCAAGAAAUCACACUUUUGUGUCCAAACGCUCGAAAUAUUGCGCCGGAUGCUUUUUGCCCUUAUAUGGUUAUUCUCGUGCGUUGUGAUCAUUGAAAAAGAUAGCCUUAAACAGAACAUUAAAUAUUCACCCAGGCUCCCAGUAACAGAGAAGCGAAUAAAGAUUUACCCAAAUCAAGAAUCCCCUCAGCAUCCUCGAAUUUAACGCAAUCCAUUCUCUCUCUCUCUCCCUCUUUCGCUCAUGCAGCAGUCAAGAUGUGCGACGAAGAGGUUGCUGCGCUGGUUGUCGACAACGGAUCCGGUAUGUGCAAGGCCGGCUUUGCUGGGGAUGACGC